GGACAGGGUGCUUGUUGUCGGUGGGGACUGGAACUGUGUCACCGAUGCCAGUCAGGAGGCGGCCCCUAGCCCGUCACGUGCUGCAGCGGGCAGCCGCCGGGCAGGACCAGGAACAGACCGCUGUGAUGCAGCAGUACUUGGCCGAUUUGGCGGAACUCACUCUCCAGCAGCAACGGCGGUUACAGCAACAGCAGCAGCAGGAGCUGCAGCGCCAGGGGCAGUCGCCCAGGCCCCGGACCGGCUCCCAGGUUAGGGUCCUGGCCACGCGGGGGGGGCAGGACGGGGCGGGCGGUGGCGCUGGCACGGCGGCGUCACGGCGUGGGCAACGUGUUGACAUAGUUGACCACAUGGGGGACGUGCAGAUGCAGGAGGCGGCGGGUUUGGGUGACGCAGCGGCUGCCGCUGGUGGCGCCAGCAGGCCACACAGCGGGGCCUCGCCCUCGCGGCCAGCUCUGGUGGCGGGGGGAAGCACCCGUGCUGCUGCGGCUCCCCUGAGGGCCGAGCGGCAGCAGCAGCCCUCUUCACAGCAGCGGGGGGCAGCGGGAGGGCUUAGCGGGGGGCAGCCGUCGGCAGGCGUGGGGGGGCCGCCGGCGGCCAUGCGUCGCACUGCCGAUGCUGGGCCGGCUGGCGCGCAGCAGCCGCCCAGUGGGGCUCCCGCGCCACAGCCGCCCUUUGAUCAGCGGGCAGCUGCUAGGCAGGAGCAGAAGCUGCAAGUUGUGAUGCGGCAGUACUUGGCCGAUUUGGCGGAACUCACUCUCCAGCAGCAACGGCGGGUAGAGCAACAGCAGCAGCAGGAGCAGCAGCGCCAGGUGCAGUCGCUUAUGCCCCGGACCGGCUCCCGGUUUGGGGUCCUGGCCACGCUGGGGGGACAGGACGGGGCGGGUGAUGGCGCUGCCACGGUGGCGUCCGGGCGUGGGCGACGGGUGCAACCAGCCGCGCACACACCGCAGCCGCCGCCGCAGCAACAGCCCCGCUCCAAAGGGCGCUGUGGCCUCGCCCAGCUCCCGCAGCAGAGGGCAGGGCGCUUGGGCGGCGGGCUGCCUCCCCCGCAGGACGGUGCUAGCUCGCCGCCGCACGUGCCCACUGGGCGGCCGGCGGGGGGACAGCACGCUGGUGGGGGCAGCGGGUCGGGGCGCCAGGGUGGAGGAGCGGGGCGGGCAGUGCCCCAGCCACCGCCCCAGGCGGGGCCGCCACCGCAGACGUCACAACCGGCGGGUGGUGGUAAGGGCAGGGGCAGGGGCCUGGGCGUGCCGGCUGGGGUUUCGGCCGACACGGCUGGGCGCGCUGGUGGGGGUGCGGGCAGUGAGGCGGAGUACGGGGCCGUCUGCCUGAAUCGUGACACGUGUGUUGCCAUCGGCUCUGACCUCGUGACUUACCAGAACCGCUGCGCAGAUGUGCAGGGGUAUGAGUGGGCGCAGCUUGGCCGCGACGCGCUUGGUGGCCGCCUCCUCGGCUACCUCCGUGACCAGGGCGCCACCGUACCGGACUGGGCUGUCUGCCGUGUGCCGGCAGGCCGUACCGCCGUCCUGGCACAGCUGCGCGACGAGUUCACUGGCUGGUGGCGCCUGUACUCUGCCCAGCCUGCAGGCACGCCCCUGCCUUCCGACGUGACGGAGCAGCUGGAUGACGCCGCGCAGCAGCAGCAACAGCAACCGCAACUGCCACGGCGCUGCCGUGGCCGGCGGGGGCUCAUAAUGCGGCCACCAGUGCGCGCGGCGAACCUUCGGCUGCUGACAGUGAAUGUCAACGGCCUGGGCUCGCCGCCCAAGGCGCGGGCGCUGGUCUCGCACCUGCAGCAAGUUGGGGCGGAUGUGGCGAUGGUGCAGGAGACCCACGCUACUGACACGACGGCGCUGGAGUCUUGCCUUCGUGCCGCGCAGGGGGCGUGCCUUCCGUGGCGCCACUGCCUCGCUGCCAGCCCGGCAGCGUCGCCCCACUCCUGUGGGGCGGCUAUCCUGGCGCGGAGUCGGCUGUCCCUUCCAGGCCGCGUACUGCAGCCGCCGUCAACGGAUGCGGCGGGCCGUGUGGUAUGUUGGGAUUGGGACGUGGGUCACCUGCGCCUGCGCUUCGUGUGUGUGUAUGCGCCCACGGCCGUGGCGGACAAGCCUGCAUUCUUUGCCGGGCUGCAUCCCCACCUGGCCACGGACAGGGUGCUUGUUGUCGGUGGGGACUGGAACUGUGUCACCGAUGCCAGUCAGGAGGCGGCCCCUAGCCCGUCACGUGCUGCAGGUGCCCCGCAACUUGCCAGCCUCCUCGCCCAGUUCAGUCUGGUGGACCCUUGGGCGAGCAAGCGUGGCGGCGCCAAGGGCUACACGCAUCCGGCCACACCCAAACCGGCCACUCCCGCACGCCUGGAUCGGUGGUAUGUCAGUGCCACCGCGGCGCCGUGGGUGGUGGAUGUCGCUCGCACGUAUGGGGCGCCUGGGGACCACAACGGUGUGCUGCUCACCCUGUCCUUGCCCGACCUGCCACAUGCGCACCGGGAGCAGUGGCGCUUCCCCACGUACCUGCUGUUUCACCCCUCGCUGCGUUUGGAGCUCGAGCAGCGCUUGGUGGCGCACGUUGCCGCAAAUCCCGUGGCCAGUACAGGUGACGGCGCUUGCACGCAAUGGGAGGCGGACAAGUUCUUCUUGCGGGAGGCCGCCACCAGCAUCCACCGUCGGCAUGCACGCCAGACCCGGGAUGGGCUGCAUGGCGUGGUGCUGGCCGCAGACGCGGCCGCUGCCCUGGCCGACCGUCCGGGUGCCAGCGCCGCGCAGCGUCAGGCUGCGGCCAUGGCCAACUUGGCGGUGCGGGAGGAGCGGGCAGCUGCCGCAGCGGCCAGCCACAAUGCCCGCGCUGCACUGAUGGAGGAGCAUGGGGAGCGGGGAACUCGCUGGUUCCAUCGGCAGGCGGACGAGCCAGCAGCCGGCGCGCAGGAGCCCAUCACACACUUGAAGGUGCCGGGGCAACCGGCGCCUGUGGCGCUCACGGGGCCGGGCACGCGCAACACUGUCUCCGCAGCCGCCGCAGCCAUGUACAGCAGCACCAGCCCCACCGGCCUGUUCCGCGUGCAGCCGGUCUGUACGGCGUCGCAGCAACAGCUCCUGGCGGCCAUUGACCGCAAGGUUCCAGCGGAUCUGCAGGCCACCGCAGAGGGGUCCGGUGACGGCGCCCUAAGUGAUGCCGAGCUGAUGGCAGCGCUGGCUGGCUCCGCCAAUGGUAAAGCGCCUGGGUCGGACGGGGUCCCGUACGAGGUGUACAAGGUCUUCUGGGCGCUGCUGGGUCCGCGCUUGUGUGCUGCUGCUGCCGCUGCCUUUGCUGCCGCUGCAGACGCCCACGAUGGCGGUGAAAUGGCGGCGGCGCUGCCCGCCUCCUGGCGGGAGGGCAUCAUUACGCUCAUCUACAAGGGCAAAAGCCUGGACCGCGCCGAGCUGGCGUCCUACCGGCCCAUCACGCUGCUCAACUGCGACUUCAAGAUGGUGUCCAAGGCCGUCAGCGCCCGCCUGCAGCCCGCCCUGGAUGCAGUUGUGGAUGAGCUGCAGACCGCGUUCAUCACCGGCCGCUGGAUUGGAGACAACGCGCUGUACCUCCAAGGCCUGAUCGAAUGGAUGCGCCUGGACGUGGGCGCGGACGGCACGCCACGGCAGGGUGGUGCGCUGUACUUCUUGGACAUUGAAAAGGCGUAUGACCGGGUGCACCGGCAGUGGCUGUAUGCGUCCGCAGAGGGACUGGGGUUUGGGCCGCGCAUGCUGCGCUGGAUCCGCCUGCUCACUGCCAACGGCUCUGCCCGCGUGUGUGUGAACGGGAUGCUCUCUGACGCCUUCCCAGUGCUGAACGGCUUGCCGCAGGGCAGCACCGCCUCACCACCCCUGUGGGUCAUCCAGAUGCAGCCACUGACGUCCUUUCUGCGGCGGCAGGUGGAGCAAGGGGCACUGCGCACGCCCCUGUUACCCAGCGGCGAGCAGGCGCCACCUGCUGCCCACCACGCUGACGACACGACCCUCACGGCGCGCGACCCGGCGGUGGACGGGCCGGUCCUGAUGGCGGCAGUACAGCUGUUCUGCCGCGCGUCCAACGCCCGUGUCCAUCCGGACAAGAGCAAGGCCAUGGGCCUUGGCAGGUUUCUGACCCGGCGGGCUCGCGGCAUGGCGUUUGUGGCGCGUCUGUGGGCUGCCCUGUCUCUGACCCUGGUUGGCCGUGUGCACAUUGCGAAGCAGGUGCUGGCGGCGAAGCUGGCCUACCACUUCAGCUUCCUCAACCCAUCGCCUGCGCAGCUGAAGGAACUCACCGACCUGGUGGACCACUUUGCUGCGCGCUCCGUGCACGCUGAGGAUGCCAGCCUGGUGUCGCACGGGAACCCGCUCCUGCUGCCAAAGCGGGAAACGGCCUGUCUGCCGUACAAGGAUGGGGGUAUCAACCAUGUCGACCUGCCUGCGUUCCUGUCUGCCCUGCAAGCUAAGACUUUCGCCCUGCUUGCCCAGCCAGGCCGGCAACCCUGGAAGACGCUCACCCGGGCGCUGCUUACUCACGUGCGCCCGGACUCUGCCACCACGUGGGCGUGGGUGUACAGCGACGCGCCGGCGCCAGCGGGGCUGCCUGCCCGGCUGGCGGCCGCGGUCGGCCACGUGCGGAGCGCGGGCGUGGAACAGCGUCCGCCGCAGCCAGCCACUCAGCCGCCAGCGGCGCCGCCACAGUGGCGGGUUAGCCUGGACCAGCUGUGGGUGGCUAACGCUGCGGGGGCUGUGUCCUACGUCCACUACACGGGGCGGCUCUUGGAGCCUGGGCCUGGCGUGCUGCCCCCGGCAGUGGAUGGGGCGUGGCAGCCUGCCUGUGUGCUGCAGCACCGCAAGCCGCGGCACCUGUGGACCUUUGAAGAGCGGGCGGCGUACGAUGCAGCAUCACCAGGGGAACGGGCAGGGGCGUGGCCUCGGGCGCCGUACUUCCUGGCGCCGGAGGCUGGGGUGGUGGUGCACCCGGAGCACUGCCGGAUUGCGGGUGUCAGCUUGGCGGACUACACGGUGCGGGACGUGCGGCGGGCCAUCACCGCGGCCAACCCGGCCGCCCCUCUGGCUCCGGCCCGCCCCGCAGCCAUGCCGUGCCCGGCGCCAGCACAGCAGGCGGGGGGUUCGGGGACCCAGCCGGCGGCACAGUCGCGGCUGGCGGAGCGGGAGGCGGAGUGGCAGCGUGCAGCGGCGCAGCUGACCACCACGGCGGCGCAGCACUUCCACAAUAACCCGGUGGCUCUGGACCCCUGGCUCCACCGCACCUCCGCGGCAGCCGGGCAGCAGAACACGCCGGCGAGAGAACUGCAGUCGUAUGCGUCCCCGUCCCAGCAGUCGGGUGAGGGGCCACGGCGUUCCGCGCGGCUGCAGGAGCAGGCGGCGGGCGGGGCGGGGCCUAGCACGGGGCCUGCCACGGCGGCGGCGGCAGCAGCGGCGGCGGUGGAGGGCGACCCUCGCAUGCCGCCCCCGGAUGCGUCCCUUCUGUGGGGUACGUGGCGGAGGCUGUGGGACAGCCACGCUAGUCGGGGGGCAAAGGUGCUGGUGUACCGGCUGCAACAUGCUUACCUGCCUUGCGGGCUGUACAGGGCGGGCAAGGGCAUUCGGUCACGGGUGACCACGGGGUGCGGGGGGUUGGGGGCGCACUGUCCUCACCCCGCCUGCGGGCCACCUGGCCCGCGGGCGUGGGCCAGCCUGACGCACAUCUUCCUGGAGUGUCCAGCUUAUGCGCAGGCGAGGACGUGGCUGCAGCAGCUGUGGGCCUGCGUUGCGCCCCAGGCAGCGGCGCCGCCAGUGACGGACGCGGGCUUCAUGCUGGGGGACCGCAUGGGUAUGUGGGCCUCAGGCCCGCGGGGGGCGGGCGCGCUGCUGUGGAGCACUUUGCGGGCCACCUUCUUGUACGCCGUCUGGUGUGCGUACUGGUCCCGCGAGCCUGCUAAGCAGACGUCGGAGCAUGUGGUUCGGGAGGUUGUCAGCGAGCUGCGCAGGGUGAUGCAGCUGCGUUUCACUGCCGCCACGCUAACCCCUCAAACCCUGUCGGCUCUGCCCACUCAGCUUCUCACCGCACAGCUCAAGGCGGCUAAGCUGGAGCACUUUGUUGCCAUCUGGACGGCGGGUGGCGCGCUUUGUGAAGUGGAGGAGGUUCAGGGUGACGGCGCUUGCACGCAAUGGGAGGCGGACAAGUUCUUCUUGCGGGAGGCCGCCACCAGCAUCCACCGUCGGCAUGCACGCCAGACCCGGGAUGGGCUGCAUGGCGUGGUGCUGGCCGCAGACACGGCCGCUGCCCUGGCCGACCGGCCGGGUGCCAGCGCCACGCAGCGUCAGGCUGCGGCCAUGGCCAACUUGGCGGUGCGGGAGGAGCGGGCAGCUGCCGCAGCGGCCAGCCACAAUGCCCGCGCUGCACUGAUGGAGGAGCAUGGGGAGCGGGGCACUCGCUGGUUCCAUCGGCAGGCUGACGAGCCAGCAGCCGGCGCGCAGGAGCCCAUCACGCACUUGAAGGUGCCGGGGCAACCGGCGCCUGUGGCGCUCACGGGGCCGGGCACGCGCAACACUGUCUUCGCAGCCGCCGCAGCCAUGUACAGCAGCACCAGCCCCACCGGCCUGUUCCGUGUGCAGCCGGUCUGUACGGCGUCGCAGCAACAGCUUCUGGCGGCCAUUGACCGCAAGGUUCCGGCGGAUCUGCACACCGCCGCAGAGGGGUCCGGGGACGGCGCCCUCAGUGAUGCCGAGCUGAUGGCAGCGCUGGCUGGCUCCGCCAAUGGUAAAGCACCUGGGUCGGACGGGGUUCCGUACGAGGUGUACAAGGUCUUCUGGGCGCUGCUGGGCCCGCGCUUGUGUGCUGCUGCUGCCGCUGCCUUUGCUGCCGCUGCAGACGCCCACGAUGGCGGCGAAAUGGCGGCGGCGCUGCCUGCCUCCUGGCGGGAGGGCAUCAUUACGCUCAUCUACAAGGGCAAAAGCCUGGACCGCGCCGAGCUGGCGUCCUACCGGCCCAUCACGCUGCUCAACUGCGACUUCAAGAUGGUGUCCAAGGCCGUCAGCGCCCGCCUGCAGCCCGCCCUGGAUGCAGUUGUGGAUGAGCUGCAGACCGCGUUCAUCACCGGCCGCUGGAUUGGAGACAACGCGCUGUACCUCCAAGGCCUGAUCGAAUGGAUGCGCCUGGACGUGGGCGCGGACGGCGCGCCACGGCAGGGUGGUGCGCUGUACUUCUUGGACAUUGAAAAGGCGUAUGACCGGGUGCACCGGCAGUGGCUGUAUGCGUCCGCGGAGGGACUUGGGUUUGGGCCGCGCAUGCUGCGCUGGAUCCGCCUGCUCACUGCCAACGGCUCUGCCCGCGUGUGUGUGAACGGGAUGCUCUCUGACGCCUUCCCAGUGCUGAACGGCUUGCCGCAGGGCAGCACCGCCUCACCACCCCUGUGGGUCAUCCAGAUGCAGCCACUGACGUCCUUUCUGCGGCGGCAGGGCAGCACCGCCUCACCACCCCUGUGGGUCAUCCAGAUGCAGCCACUGACGUCCUUUCUGCGGCGGCAGGUGGAGCAAGGGGCACUGCGCACGCCCCUGUUACCCAGCGGCGAGCAGGCGCCACCUGCUGCCCACCACGCUGACGACACGACCCUCACGGCGCGCGACCCGGCGGUGGACGGGCCGGUCCUGAUGGCGGCAGUACAGCUGUUCUGCCGCGCGUCCAACGCCCGUGUCCAUCCGGACAAGAGCAAGGCCAUGGGCCUUGGCAGGUUUGCGCACCUGACGGGCCCUUGCCCACACACGGGGGUGCCGUUUACCACUGGCGCCGUGACGCACCUGGGUGUGCCCCUGUCGUGGGACUCUGAUGCGGCUGCAGCUGACUUGUACACCCGGCGGGCUCGCGGCAUGGCGUUUGUGGCGCGUCUGUGGGCUGCCCUGUCUCUGACCCUCGUUGGCCGUGUGCACAUUGCGAAGCAGGUGCUGGCGGCGAAGCUGGCCUACCACUUCAGCUUCCUCAACCCGUCGCCUGCGCAGCUGAAGGACCUCACCGACCUGGUGGACCACUUUGCUGCGCGCUCCAUGCACGCUGAGGACGCCAGCCUGGUGUCGCACGGGAACCCGCUCCUGCUGCCAAAGCGGGAAACGGCCUGUCUGCCGUACAAGGAUGGGGGUGUCAACCACGUCAACCUGCCUGCGUUCCUGUCUGCCCUGCAAGCUAAGACUUUCGCCCUCCUUGCCCAGCCAGGCCGGCAACCCUGGAAGACGCUCACCCGGGCGCUGCUUACCCAUGUGCGCCCGGACUCCGCCACCACGUGGGCGUGGGUGUACAGCGACGCGCCGGCGCCAGCGGGGCUGCCUGCCCGGCUGGCGGCCGCGGUCGGCCACGUGCGGAGCGCGGGCGUGGAGCAGCAUCCGCCGCAGCCAGCCACUCAGCCGCCAGCGGCGCCGCCACAGUGGCGGGUUAGCCUGGACCAGCUGUGGGUGGCUAACGCUGCGGGGGCUGUGUCCUACGUCCACUACACGGGGCGGCUCUUGGAGCCUGGGCCUGGCGUGCUGCCCCCGGCGGUGGAUGGGGCGUGGCAGCCUGCCUGUGUGCUGCAGCAUCGCAAGCCGCGGCACCUGUGGACCUUUGAAGAGCGGGCGGCGUACGAUGCAGCAUCACCAGGGGAACGGGCGGGGGCGUGGCCUCGGGCGCCGUACUUCCUGGCGCCGGAGGCUGGGGUGGUGGUGCACCCGGAGCACUGCCGGAUUGCGGGUGUCAGCUUGGCGGACUACACGGUGCGGGACGUGCGGCGGGCCAUCACCGCGGCUAACCCGGCCGCACCUCCGGCUCCGGCCCGCCCCGCAGCCAUGCCGUGCCCGGCGCCAGCUCAGCAGGCGGGGGGGUCGGGGAACCAGCCAGCGGCACAGUCGCGGCUGGCGGAGCGGGAGGCGGAGUGGCAGCGUGCAGCGGCGCAGCUGACCACCACGGCGGCGCAGCAUUUCCACAAUAACCCGGUGGCUCUGGACCCCUGGCUCCACCGCACCUCCGCGGCAGCCGGGCAGCAGAACACGCCGGCGAGAGAACUGCAGUCGUAUGCGUCCCCGUCCCAGCAGUCGGGUGAGGGGCCGCGGCGUUCCGCGCGGCUGCAGGAGCAGGCGGCGGGAGGGGCGGGACCUAGCACUGGGCCUGCCACGGCGGCAGCGGCAGCAGCGGCGGCGGUGGAGGGCGACCCUCGCAUGCCGCCCCCGGAUGCGUCCCUUCUGCGGGCUCUGGCUGGCGUCGCAGCGCCUGGGCGGCUGUGGGACUUCCUGCACAGCGCGUCUUGCAGCGGGCUGGAGCCCGCUUAGUCAGCGCCACAUCUGGCCCGUUUAGUUAUCUGCUUGUGUCUCCUUUGCCGGUUCUCCUGGGGUGUUGCUUAAGCAACCGACUUGUGGGGGUGGGGUGGGUUUGGGCGGGGCGAGUGCGUAGCGCUGGUGUUUUCUUUUCUGGCGCGCGGUGGUGGUGGUUCUUGCGGUUAGGCUGUGGUGUAGGUUGGUGCUUGGGUUAGGUCUGGCGGUGUUUUUGUGCAACCCCUCCCGGGGGGCGGGGGGGCCAGCCUCCUGCUCUGUCUGCCGGGUCGGGGUGGGGUGGGGUGGGAUGGAUGGGGGUGGUUGGUGGCGGUUUUCGAGGUGUUUGUUUUCUGUUUUUCUUCUCUUUUCUUCUCUUCUUGCCCUGUCAGGGUUCUGGUCUCGGGGACCAGGCUGUCUUCAGGCAGCAGGGGGGCAGCGCGUCUGCCCCUGUUCAACCUUGUAAGGAUGAUUCCUCAAAAAAAAAAAAAAAGGACGCCAGCUCGGCGCGGUCCAGGCUUUUGCCCUUGUAGAUGAGCGUAAUGAUGCCCUCCCGCCAGGAAGCAGGCAGCGCCGCCGCCAUUUCACCACCAUCGUGGGCGUCUGCAGCAGCAGCAAAGGCAGCGGCAGCAGCAGCACACAAGCGCGGACCCAGCAGCGCCCAGAAAACCUUGUACACCUCGUACGGGACCCCGUCCGACCCAGGCGCUUUACCAUUGGCGGAGCCAGCCAGCGCUGCCAUCAGCUCGGCAUCACUUAGGGCGCCGUCACCGGACCCCUCUGCGGCGGCCUGCAGAUCCGCUGCAAUCAAGCGUGUUUUUUU